AUGCCCCGCAAGGCGCAAGGCGGAUAUGCGACCAGGCGCAAGGUUCCGUAUAGUGGAAAACAGAAGAAACAACAAUUGCUAGCGAAAAAACAAGCCAAAAGCAGCACAUCGCACAAUUUAAUCAGAAAUCUUAACGAUGAAGAAUCGAGCGAUAUCAGCGAGGACAGUGAUAUGGCGAGAACGUUUGGUCAAAAUAUCGAAAAGAUCAAUAUGCAACCGAUGAAGGAUCCACGCAGCAAAACAAACCGGUACGUGCUGCAGUUUCAUCGGGAAACUCCCAAGGAGUUGCGCGAACUGAAGGAAGAAGCCCGGAAGGGGUUAGUUUAUCGCAGCGAGCAGGAAAUGGAGUUGGGCGAUAAUUAUUUCCAGCAGUAUGACUUUCCCACACGGCCCAAAUGGUGCUACGAGAUGUCCAAGGAACAGCUGGAUGGCAAUGAACAUCGCUACUUCUUUAAAUACGUUACAAAGUUGGAGAAAGAUCAUUACGAUGAUAUGAAGUCCUUAAGCUUCUGUGAGUUGAAUCUUGAAACGUGGCGACAGCUGUGGCGCGUACUGGAGUUGUCGGACAUAGUUUUAAUCAUUGUGGAUGCUCGUUUCCCUACACUAAUGUUUCCUCCUUCGCUGUACAAGUACGUCACGGAGGAGCUUGGCAAAGGUAUGAUAUUAAUCAUCAACAAGAUUGACCUGGUGGAAGCCGAAGCAGUGCUCGCCUGGAAGCAAUACUUCGAACAAAAGUAUCCUCACAUCAAAGUGGUGCUGUUCACGUCCUAUCCUUCGUACAAUCUUCGCGGUAAGCAGGAAAACAAGCAUGGGCUAAAAAUCCGUCGCCGUCGUGGGCGUAUGCGAAUGGCGGCGGAAGGAGCACAACAGAUCUACGACGUUUGCCGCAAAUACGUUGGAGAUGAGGUAGAUUUGGGUUCUUGGGAGCAAAAGAUUCUUGAGGAACGUAACGCUCCCAUGGACGUGGACGUGGACGAAGAUGAGAAGCUAGUUUCGGAGCGAACGCACGAGGAGGAGAAGGAUUUCACAUUUGAAGAGCAUGUAAAAUUUAAUAACGGUGUGCUGACGAUCGGAUGCGUCGGUUUUCCGAACGUUGGUAAAUCAUCUCUGCUGAAUGCCGUCAUGGGUCGGAAGGUGGUAAGCGUAAGUCGUACGCCGGGCCACACGAAACACUUUCAAACGAUAUUUCUAACCAACACCGUACGUCUGUGCGAUUGUCCGGGUUUGGUGUUUCCUUCCUCGACCCCGCGUCGUUUGCAAGUCCUAAUGGGAAGUUACCCGAUCGCUCAACUGCGUGAACCGUACGGUUCGAUACGGUUUCUUUCCGAACGGCUCGAUUUGGUACAGCUUCUCUCGCUGAAGCAUCCGGAAAGCGAUAAUGACGAUUGGUCACCGAUCGAUAUUUGUGACGCAUGGGCAAUCAAACGCGGAUUCCUAACGGCGAAAGCGGCCCGACCCGACACGUACCGAGCGGCAAACAGUAUUCUCCGGAUGGCACUGGAAGGCAGAAUCACGCUUUCCCUUAAACCUAUCGGCUUUCACCAGGAGAAAGAGAAACUGUCCACCGAUCCGGGCCUGUUGAGGGUGAAAGAAAUUCAAGCAAUCGUCGAGAAUGAUGGCCACGAUGAUGAGGACGAUUGUUUUUCGGACACGGAUACGGAAGAUGUGGCCGGUGUGAGCAAUGAUGGUGAUAAUGAGGAGGAUGAAGACCCCAACAGCACACUUUCACCACCGGGAAGCUCACGGUCAGUGAAUCCGUUCGAACUACUCGGCAGUCCGGAGUAA